GAAAUAAGUGGGCGUGUGAUUGCCGCCUUUUGUGGAUCAAAGAAUGGAGUGAACAUGCUAAGUUAAUAAAUUUAAAUAAUGAAUUCAAUUGUUCAUCACCACUCAUUUUGAAAUCAAAAAUGUUGAAUAGAUUGACAAAGCAAGAUCUAUCCUGGCCGAACGAAGACUGCCCAACUCGUUUUUGUGAAUGUUCAUGUGUUCCUCACCAAGACGAGGGAUAUGCAUAUGUAAAUUGCUCUUCAAGAAGACUGAGUCGAAUUCCUAGUAGAUUUCCAGAACUGACGAUUGAACUAAAUCUUCGAGAAAACUUUUUGUAUAAUCCAAUCGAGCUCAACCUUCCUCCUAUGUCCAAGCUACGUACCUUGAAUCUGGAACGCAACUUUAUUUCACAAUUGGACUUUAGUCUUCCGAAUAACGUAGAGGUUCUCUUACUGGCAGAAAACAAUAUCACAAGAUUCUUCAACAAUCCGCCGUCUAAUAUCAAGACUUUCACCCUAUCUCAUAAUCCAUGGCAGUGUGACUGUGAUACUCUUCCUUUCAGAAAGUGGAUGAUGGCGGAAAGCUCUAAGAUUUUAGAUGUAAACGAGACCCGAUGUAGCUUUGAAGAAGACAGAGAAAGUCUGAGAGGGAAAGUAAUAAUUACUCUGAGUGAAAUCGAGCUUUGUCCUAAACUGAUACGGAACUAUAUCUUAAUGGGAGUAGGUGGUGCGGUACCCCAGAGGUAUAAUUUGUUAUGGGAAAAUGGAGGACUUUAUGAUCCGACAGAUUCAACAUGCACCUGUUACCAUUUAAGACACGGAGAGUUUUCAGCUGUCCGGGCUCAGGACCUCUUACACAUGCGCCUGAGACCCUGCCAACCAGAGUAUACCGGCCCUUCCAUCAUAUAA